GAUUCAGUUUACAAUGCUACAAUUGCAGUGGACAAAAAGGAACCAACAAUGAUUGUGAAGUCAAUCUUGCAAAUGUAAAAGUUGAAUAUUGCAUGUCAAACGAGUUAUGUGGAAUCUACAUAUCCCAAACUGAUGAUAUAGUGACAAUCAAACGUUCUUGUAUGUCACCAUAUGAGUGCGAACUUGUGCACCCUACGAAUGCUAAAACCGGUGAGACCAGCGUUAUUUCUUACAGACUUUGCAAUUCCACGAGUUUAUGCAACUCUGCAAGUACCCUAAAACUGAAGCCACAUUUACUAUUCUUCUGUUCUAUAGCAAUUAGUGUUAUGAUCAGUAAUGUUCUUUUGAAAAAUCUUAAUCAUAUUGUCAAUUAAAAUAUUUUCUAAAAUAUUGCUUAUACUACGCCAAAUUGUUUCUAAGUACUAAUUAAACAGAGGUUUAAUGGAUGUUAAAAAUGUGUACCAAAUAUGUUUGUCUAGAUAAUUUAUAAUUAUAAUAAAUAGUGGAUUUUAUGUUUGUCAUUUGCAGCACGCCUACAAAAUAGAAAUAAAAAAUGAAAUAAAUAGGCAAAUAAAAAGGCAAAAUUG